AUGAAUGCAUUAUUAACACUUAUGUUGAAUGUUAUACUUUCAGUCAACAACCCCACAAAAGAUGUCUUUAAACGAAGACGAAUCCAUAUAAGACAAAAUGAUCACGGUACGAAAAAGAAAGCAUCAUUAUCGGUCAGUGGACGUAGAAGUCAGCCUAUGGCAAAAAGAAACCCUAAAGGAAAACAGAAAAAAAUACAUAAUGAAAACAAGAAAACAUCACUGAAAAAAUCGGAAGAAAAUACCGCACAUAAUUUAGUAUUUCAGACAAAGGAACCUAAAAGACUGACUCGAUCUUCCAUUAAAAAUGUUGGCAACAGGGAAAAGGGGGGAGUAAACAAGGACUCGGAUUCCAAAUUGAGGCAACAAAUAAAGAGAACUCGGAAGAGUAAAGAAUGUUUUCCGAAAGAGACUGACAAAUCAAGGGAAAAUAAACAGCCAAAGACCUCAAAUAAGACCUCAAAUUUCCAAGGUAGAAGUCUUGCUUUUCGAAAAUCUAAUCAAAAGAAAGAUAUUCGCCAGAGUAGACAAGCCGAAAGCUGUAAUAAGUCAAAAGCGUCAAAAGCAAGUAAAAAUAAAAUCAGUCUACAGAAAAAGGAAAGCAUGAAGUUAGUGAAAAAAACACAGGAUAUUGAGGCAUCGACAAGUCAUUCAUCUGAAAAAGAUUUUACUGAUUUAUUUUUUAAGAAAAUCGCAGUGCAACUUCAUCCUAUAUCAGGCUCCUUGGGAGAGAUACAUGAAAUCAGUGUAUCUCAUGAUAAUUUACUUUGGGUGAACUAUUUGUACAAUACUGUACAUCUUCGAAACACAACAGGCGAGAUUCUCAGAUCUUUCAAAUUAGAUGCUAGAGCUGUAUUCAGUUGUUGUACACCUGGAGGUGACCUUCUGUUGACACAGGGUUACGGUGGCAAUUCUAGACCUGUCAUAACUCUACUAUCAAGAGAGGGAGAUAACAAAGUUCUAGCCGAUCUUUCUUCUUAUGCUACUUAUCUCUUUGGAAUUUUGUAUAAAGACGAAAGAGUAUAUGUUGUUGCAAAUUGUGCAGAAAGUAGGAAGUACUUUAUUGUCAAACUGGAUAUGAACGGAGAAGUUGAAUCUGUAUACAAUACAAAAAAUGCACAUGAUAGUAUAAAUCAGAUCAUUUUUCUAAAUGGUCAGAUAGUAGCCUUUCGCAUUAAUGAUGUUGAUAUGAUUCCUCUAGAGACUGGAGCAAUUUCCUCUGUUGCUAUGAACAAAGUGAAUAUACGGAACGCAUACUCAGGAAGUGCAUCUGCUGACAAUCUUGGAAAUGUAAUCCUAGGUUCAAAUGCACAGCUCUUCAUCAUCAACCCAAGUCUACAGCUCGUGCAUAAACUAGAUACUGGUAUUUCUGGCCGUAUCAUUUCAACAGCUGUAGAUCAGCAAAACCAGUUGUGGUUCGGUACCGCCGAUGGAAAACUAUUCUCAACCAAAUAUCUUAAAUGAUUCAAUGCAAAACACUCCGGUGUUGUCAAAGAAAUAUGUUAUUCUUGCGACUUCAUUUUUUUUUUUUUGGA